AUGCUUAUAUUGCUGCCNGAAAACAUCCCAGAAAAAUGGACUCCGGAAGUCAAGCAUUUCUGUCCCAACGUGCCCAUCAUCCUGGUUGGGAACAAGAAGGAUCUUCGAAACGAUGAGCACACAAGGCGGGAGCUAGCCAAGAUGAAGCAGGAGCCAGUAAAACCCGAAGAAGGCAGAGAUAUGGCAAACAGGAUUGGUGCUUUUGGGUACAUGGAGUGUUCAGCAAAGACCAAAGAUGGAGUGAGGGAGGUUUUUGAAAUGGCCACGAGAGCUGCUCUGCAAGCCAGACGUGGGAAGAAAAAAUCUGGGUGCCUUGUCUUGUGAAACCCCUGCUGCAAGCACAGCCCUCAUGCGGUUAAUUUUGAAGUGCUGUUUAUUAAUCUUAGUGUAUGAUUACUGGCCUUUUUCAUUUAUCUAUAAUUUACCUAAGAUUACAAAUCAGAAGUCAUCUUGCUACCAGUAUUUAGAAGGCAACCAUGAUUAUUAAUGAUGUACAACCCACCUGACCCACCAGGGUCCUUCUGACACUGCUCUAACAGCCCUCCUCUGCACUCCCACCUGACACACCAGGCGCUAAUUCAAGGGAUUUCGUAACUUCUUGCUUCUUUCUGGAAAGAGAAACCGUUGGUAACUUUUGUGAAUUAGGCUGUAACUACUUUAUAACUAACAUGUCCUGUCUGUCAUCUAUCAGCUGCACGGUACUCUGGUGAGUCACCACCUCAGAGCUUUGCUCCUUUUAACAGAUUUCAUUGGCAUGGCUCUGGGUGGCUAUCCAGUUUUUUGAAUAUGUGCUCAGCCAGAAAGGCCCAAGUCCGCGCAGCUGUGGUAAAGUUACAGUUCUGUGGUUUCAUGUUAGUUACUUUAUAGUUACUGUGUAAUUAGUGCCGCUUAAUGUAUAUUACCAAAAAUAAAUAUAUCCACCCCAGACUAGAUGUAGUAUUUUUUGUAUAAUUGGAUUCCUAAUACUGAUAUUUGUCAUCUUCACAGAAAGUGUAUUGGUUUUUUUGGUUUUUUUUUUUUUAAGAAAGUGUAUUUGAAAAUAAAGUCAGAUGGAAAAUUGAUUUUUUAAACUCCCGUUUUGUCAGUUUCUCGGAUAAAAGAUGGCCAUGUCCCCCCAUUUCGGCCCCACAUAUUCCAGUACCCCCUUCCCCAGAGCUGGGCUAAGUAAAUAGGAAUUCAGUCUUCUGCCUGAGGCACUUGGACACUCAGAAGGUGGCAUAACCUGUCUCACCUGGACUGCAGGGUCUGGCUCUAGUUCAUAGUGCUGUUUCUUCUCACUGUACCCAGGUUCCCUCCCAGAGGAGCUGCCCGUUCUCUUGGGCGGCCCUCAGUUUCUCUCUCCUCUCCAGCUGACUAAACUUUUUUUCUGUACCAGUUAAUUUUUCCAACUAAUAGAAUAAAGGCAGUUUUCUAAAAAAAAAAAAA